CACUGAUAUCAGUAAUUAAUUACAUGUAAGAACAGCAUUUCGCAAUAACUACGAGUGUUUUGCAUAUUUUUCAUUACUUUCGACUCGACACUAAAACAAAUACAAACAUCAAAUUACAUAACAAGGUCUCGGCUUUGAAUUUUGCAAACUGAACAUCGAAAAUGUCGCGUUUGAUCACAGUUUUUGGUGCAACGGGCGCUCAAGGAGGUGGAGUGGUCAGGGCUCUUCUCGCUGGAGGGAAAUUUAAAGUCCGAGGCAUCACUCGCUCCGUCGAAAGCAAGAAAGCGAAAGAGCUCGCCUCACAAGGCGUGGAGAUGGUCCAAGCUAGUUUAGACGAACCAGAGUCACUGCACAAAGCGAUAGCUGGUUCGCACGGUGUGUUUUUGCUCACAAACUUUUGGGACGGCAUGGACGGAGCUCGCGAGACAAGGCAAGGAAAAGGCGCCGUUGAUGUAUGCUUGCAAGAAGGCGUUAAACAUCUGAUCUACAGUGGCUUGGAAAGUGCUGAAAAGAUGUAUGGGUUUGUCGUGGGUACGCUGAUUUGGUUGCUUUAUAUUGUGUGUAUCUAUGCGGAUCCAUUUUAGUGAUUUUAGUCUCUCGUUGCCCCCCUUUGCCACUCUAGCUACUAUCCUAAAUCCUAAUUUCUCAAUAUGAAGACAUUGUCUCGAAUCUCGAUUUUAAUAUAUGCAAACUGGAUCGGUCGUCCAUCGAUUUGACAGAUCAAUUAAUGCGAGUCUUUAUAAUCAGUUUAAGUAAACAUAUUAAAAUUGCUAAAAUGGUCUAGGAAUAUAGGAUAGUGUGUGAUCUAUACUGUCCGCGUGCCGAUGGUGCAACAAAUCAUGCCAUUUAUCAUUUUAUGUGAAUCAUGAUUUCUUUCCAAAACCAUUGCCAGUGCAUGUAGAUUUCAGUAUUCUAGCUUGUCUGCAUAGCUUGUGAUUACACCAGGUUUACACUAAAUGGAUGAUUUAAACAGAUGUUGCAUCUUGAAGGAUGAUCUGUAUCUAAUAUAAAAUCAGACCUUCAAUCCCCAUGACUGAAUGAAGUUUGAAGUCAUUUGCAAAAGGCACUUAUAAUUAAGAACCAACAGACAAGUAAGCUUUCUAUGACAAAUUUUCACAUGGAUAGUUUUCUUUGUCAAGUACAACAAAGAUUUGGUUUUCCGGGUCUUCUGACCCCCACUAUAGUUAUGAUUAGCUAUUACGGUAACUACUUCAUUUUACUCGGAUAUUUUGGGUCCGGGCACCACUAUCCUUAGGUUAGGGAGGAGCAAUGGAGGGAGUCAGGGAGGGUCAAAGAUCCAAAAUAUCCAUGCAAGAUGAAGUACCAUUAUUACAACAAUAGAUUGCUGACCAACCGCAUGCAAAUAGUCAUUAGACAUUACUUUGCCAAAUUUUUUUUGUUGAUAUUAUACAGAUGAACAAAAUUUGUACGUUGCCAAUUUUUUCUAUGACAAGUGCACUUGUUCGAAGGCUACUGUAGCAUACUAGCUUUUGAACAUAAGUAUACUUUUGUGUAUAGGUUGGUGUUAUGUACUCAGGUGAAUAUGAUGUUUGUGGUGCACAUUACUCUGAGUGUGUGUACACUUGACAAGCUGAAAAGUUUGCCUGACCACAAUGGGAAUCUAACUCGGGACCUUUGGGAUACCAGUCCAAUGCUCUACCAUUGGCUGUGGUCAGGCAAACUUUUCAGCUUGCCCAGUGUGGAUGCACUCAAGAGUAACGUACACCACAAACAUCAUAAGUAUAUAGCUGUCUUGUUGUAGUAAAAUAUGGCAAACAAGCAAAUAAAACUUCUCAGCAUAAAACUUGUCACACUGCUUCCAGUUAUACACAACCAAACAGCACAGGUCUUCUUGGGGGUACUCUGGAAUUCUCCAGGACCAAAAUGUGAUGUAAUUAUAGGAGAACAGUUUAGACCUAGUAAAGCUAUCGAAUAACAGUUCUGACUUAUCCAGCAUAACUAAAGUAAGAACAAUUUUUCCUGCACUGCACAUACUGGUCCAUUAAACUUAACCCAUUGAGUACCAAUAACAAAGUAGGACACAUCAGGGUGCAAUGUCAGUUAAAGGGUUGAUUACUGGACCUGUAUACUAGCUGGUACUCUAGAAUUUCAGUACUAGUUAAGUUAGAGUUAUAAAGUGUGAAGGAGGUUUAUAACUGAUAUAUUGCCCCCGAGUAUGCGUAGCGUCCAAGGGUAAUAUAUCAGUUAUAAACCGACUUUCGAGGUUUAUAACUAACUUAUAUCUCAUUUGUGGAGGUUUUCUAACAUAUUUUGUCAUUUUCAAAAAAUUUUGAUGAAAAAUUCUCGCGUUUUGUCGAAAAGUUUGAUGUAAUUAUUUAUUCAAGGUAUAUUAACUAGUUAUAAACCUCGGACGAUCAAAGAAAACUGACACAAAUGAGAUAUAAGAACUGAUAUUAACCCAUUAAGGUGCAAUGUUCCUAAAUGUGUCCUAUUUUAUUAUUUUACUCCACCUAAUACCACAUGAUUUCACUUGUCAAGGGGAGAUUAUUGCAUAUUAAUAUUAAAUCAUUUUAGUGCAGGUUUCCUAUACUCACAGAGAACAGAAUUUUUAUAUUACAUGUAGAACUGAUAGUUACCGCUAUCCAGUAUAAAUUUAAAAAAAAAUAGUUUACUUUGCCUCCAUUGUAACAACUAUUUUUGUAUUUAGAACAUUUUGACUCAAAGACCAGAGUGGAAGAUUACAUGAUAGAGAAAGCAGGGUCAAUGAUGUGGAACAGCGUAAGAAUGCCAGGAUAUUUUAACAACUUCCUGACUGUCGGAAAACCAAAGAAAUUGGAUGAUGGCUCGUAUGUCAUGGAUUAUCCCAUGGAAGGAAAGCCGAUGUAUGCAAUGGAUGUUGGAGAUCUGGGAGGAUGUGUUGCAAGUAAGAUAAUGGCUAUGGUGGUGGUGAUGAUAGUAUAGUGUUGGUGAUUGAUGGUGAUGGUGGUAAUGAUGGUGGUGAUAAUGGUGGUGAUUAUGAUUCUGCUUUUGAUGGUGGUCAUGAUCAUGGUGGCAAUGAUGAUGUUCAUGAUGGUAACAGUGGUGUUGAUGGUAAAGUGGUGGUAAUUGUGAUAGCGUUGGUUGUACUGAUGGUGGUAACACUUAAGCGAUGGUGAUAAUACAGUAGCUAUGGUGAUAAUGGUGAUGAUGCUGCUGCUGAUGAGGGUGAUGCUGAUGGUGAUAGAAAUGGUAAAAAUGAUGAUGAUGCUGCAUGGUGACGAUGAUGCUGCUCACUGGUGAUGACGACAAUGGUAGAUGUGAUAAUGAUGGUUAUGAUGAUGAUGGUGUUGAUAAUGAUCAGACUUGUCUAUGAUAAAGUUAAUAGAGAUGGUUAAUGGAGAUGGUUUCUUUCCUAUCUUCAGGUAUAUUCAAUGAUCCAGAGAACUAUGGUGGAAAGAUUAUUGGAGUAGCCACUGAGUUUAUAACAGUAGAACAGUUCUGUGAUGUAUUGAACAAAGUUCUAGCCCCACGAGUUUUCAAGGUAUUGAAAAAACCUGUGGUGCCUGAUAUAUGGUCAAACUUGAAGAAAUCUUCUCACUUGUGAUAUAAUGAACUUGAAUGUAGUACAACUGCAUAUUGCAGGGAUCUGUCUCCGAGUUCAUCUCAAUUAAACCAUCUCAUCCAUAAAACGAAUGUCGCAGACUACUCUCUCGUUCUUGCUCUUAUAGUUAAUAUUUUUCAUUUUACAGGAUGCUAAACAAACAGCAGAUCAAAUGGCAAAACUUGGUUUCCCUGGUGCGGAAGAGAUGGCAUCCAUGUUCAAGCUUUACCAAAAAGGAAUAGAACGUGAUAUAGAACUUACAAAGAAACUGAAUCCGAAGGCAAAAUCUUGGGAAGAGUUCGUUGUUAGUCACAAAGCAGACUUUGAAAGUAUCUUGUAAAAUUAGCUUCCAUUUAUAGCCGGGUUAAAUUAACUUGGGUGAUAUUUUCUUUUUAGUAGUAUUAACAUACUGUAAUAAACAAUGUGAUUGUAUAUUUUGUAGUUAUAUGCUAUCAUUUGACGCCUAGCUUUGUGUCGAUGGUGGUGGUGAUGGUAGUAGUGAUAGUUGGAGAUGAUGGCAGUGAUAAUGGUGGUGGUGAUAAUAAUG